GACCGAAUGGCGAUUUCAGAAAUGUGAGGCCAAUAUGGCCGGCUUGUUAGGAAGGUGGAGAAGUUCUAUACAACAUACUUCGCGGUCAUUUUACGUUUUACGGCCAUAUGUAGGUAGAAUUAAAAACAGAGUAUAUCAACUGAACCUUUCAAAUCGUAAAUAUGUUGGUUUAUUGUUUUCAAGACAAGUGACACUCAGUGCAGGAUUAGCAAGUGCAUUGGUUGGUUCAGUGGUAUGGUGCUACUCUUCUGGGCAUGGUAAGAUACAUUGUGAUUACAAACUCAAAGUAACCAAGCUUAAUAUCACUCUGGACACUACCCAUGGCCUCGAGGCAUUGGAACAUAAGAGCUGAUUGAUAAUAUAAGCCAGCUCAUUGGGUCAUUCCAGAAAACAUUCAUGCCUGCAGAUUCGAGAGAAUUUGAAGACAUAAAAGAACAAAAAAAAUAUUUUGGGAGAUACUAUGGAUGUCUUCAAAGUGUGUGAAUGCAUAAAAAUUCAUAUUGUGUUCACUCCCACAAACACUUGAUGACCAUGUCUGCAAAUUCUGCAUAUUACAAUUCUGACUUUAGACAACCAUCCAGUUCUUAUAUAGUAACAUUAAUUACUAUAAAUAAAUGAUUGGCUGUUUAAAAUGAGGAUUGUAAAAUGCUAAAUAUGUAAGUGUGGUCGUCAAACAGUUGUGGGUGUGAAUGCGAUACACAUUUUUUAUGCAUUCACUCACUUUGGUGACAUCCGUAAUACUGGUAUCUGAUAUUAAUUAACAAGGAAACGACAGUCACUAGUGACAUGCUGGCUCUUGUUUGUCAUGGGAGGCCAGCUCAGAUGCAUUUGGCAUCCACUAGUAAUUAGUGAUUGCUUGUUAAUUAAGGGGGGUCAAUGCCCAUUGUCCUGGGGCUAGCUGCUGGAAAAUUUGAAGAACAUAUAAUGCUUAUUGUGAUACUUAUUGCUCAUGACAUUAACGUUUCUUAUCCAAUUUUUUACUCUCAAUGCAUGCUAUUUAGUGUGGCAUGGUACACAUAAUGGGUGAUUCCAGCUAUAGACUAAAUUUUGAUCUAGGCAAGAAGAAUGAAAUUCAACACCACAGCUAGAACGAGUGUCUUAGAAUGAGUAAAACUGCAAAGUUUGGUUGCGAAAUGUUAUAAAAUGAAGAAAAUAUAGCCCUGUGAAAUUUGCAAAUUUUGUAUAUAUUUGUAUUAUGUGCGGUAAAAAUAACCACUUUUGGCUCAAAAAUGGUUAUUUUUCGUGACUGUAAUGCAAAUAUAUACAAAAUUUGCAAACUUCACAGGGCUAUAUUUUCCUCAUUUUACAACAUUUUGCAACCAAACUUUGCAAUUUUACUUAUUUUAAGAUGCCCUUUCCAGCUAUGGUAAUGGCUUUUGUUCUUCUUGUCUUAGAGCUGCUCCCAUCGGUUAAUUUUUGUAAUCGAUUAAUCGUUGUCAACAAUUGAUUAAUAUCGAUUAAUCGUAUCGAUAAUUAAUUUAAAUAUGAAAAGCCCAUGGUGGUUUGACAGGUUUCUAAAUUGUAAUUAAACUUAACUAAAUUUUGGGGGGUUUCACCAGUCAUUAUAAACGUUUUAAAUCUUGGUUUAAAGUGAACGUUAAUCCCAAUUGUUGAUUGUGCUCCUACACUACACACAAGGGAAAUGCAUGAAAAGACAGGAACGAUAUUAUGGAUGUUUACUUUAGUUGUUUACCUAAGUAAAUUUGCGAGAUUCAGACUCGUAUGGAUAAUUGGUUUAUUUCCGCACGCUGCAAUGUUGAACGCAAAUAGUAAUAAAUUCUUCUAAUAAAAAAACUUUAAACUUUAAGAUAUUUUCACAACACUGGUAACCUGAUCAGACUAUGGUAAACUUUGCAUGCUGCGAGCAUAGAUAUGGCUGCGAGUGAAAUUGAUAUUUGACGCACAAUGUUUUGAAUCAAUUUGUCAUUUAAUGUUUCAAUCACAUUCUUGAUGCAAUUUUUUUAAUCCGGGAAGAAAUUAACUCAUUCCCGCAUCACGCUGUGUGGUGUUAUAUAUGAUCCGAUUAUUGUUAAGCAUAAUCGAUUGUGGAAAAAUAAUCGAUUGAUCGAUUAAUCGGGAGCAGCUCUAUCUUGUCUAGAUCAAAAUUUCAUGUAUAGCUGGAAUCAUCCAUUGUUCUAGUUCUAUUACUGUCAAAAGAGAUUCAUCUAAAAAUAGUCAAUUGUAGUCUGUAGCUUUUGGGAUAUUCAUAACAAUUAUAUUAACAAUCAAUUUGCAUAUUAUAGUGUACUUCAAGAAUCUGCAUACAAAUUUGUCAUCGUAUUUGUAAAUCAAUGUCUUUCUGUUGAUUAUUUGUUCUUUUCUAAGAAAUAUUGAAAUUUUCUGCUCAACUGCAGCAUAGAUGAACAAAUGUUUGUUUUCACUCCCUGUGUUGAGAAGGAGCGCUCUGCAUUUGCUGAACUGUUAGGAACUGUAACUGCAAUUGAUAGAAAAUGAAAAUCAUCAGAGCCUCCAAACGGAUGGCACAUUUUUUUUCUGUCUUGCACACUAGUGAUUCGUAAAUAUGUGAUUACUAGUGCUCCAAGACAUGGAAAUAGAUUUAAAAAAUGUCGAGACGUGCCCACCUAUAUAGCCCUAGGUCAGAUGUAGGUCGGAGAAUUUUUUUUUCCGAUCUCAAUUUUGCAUGACGCACUCUGGUCUGUACAUUAUGCAAUAGACCUUUCCCCUUUUGAGUGAAAUUUUGAUCUAGACAAUUAGUCUGGACAAAAAUUUCAUCACAGCUUGAAAGAGCAUCACAAAAUUAGUAAUAUUCCGAAGUUUCGUUGCGAAAUGUUGUAAAAUGCAGAUAAUAUAGCCUUGCGAAGUUUGCCGUUUUUCAGUCAUUUUGCGUUACAAACGGGAAAUUGAUAAUCAGAUGAUCAAACUGAUUAUCAAUUUCCCGUUUGUAAUGCAAAAUGACUGAAAAACGGCAAACGUCGCAAGGCUAUAUUAUCCGCAUUUUACAACAUUUCGCAACGAAACUUCGGAAUAUUACUAAUUUUGUGAUGCUCUUUCAAGCUGUGAUGAAAUUUUUGUCCAGGCAUAUCUAGAUCAAAAUUUCACUCGUAAGGGGAAAUGUCUAUUAAGCACCGCAUGUAACUUUAAGCGGAGAACCUGAAAAGUGUUUAAUGUAUCCGAUAUUCGACAGGCGACACUUUCUUUCAGCAUUUCUCUCUUCGAAUAACAAAAUUCUUGCAUUAACGUUCUUGUUUCAUUUCAUGCAAUUUUGGCGCCCCCUCUCUAAGCUUUUGCAUCCCGCUAAAAACCCUUCGAUGGAAGGUCCAUGGUCCAAGCCUCGGAUAUUUGCUACGGAAAUCAAGGUUUUUUAGUAGUACAUUCUCAGUAUUGACGCGUACUUGAGUCUUGAGCUGGUACAAACUUAAGACUCAAGCCUCAAGGUACACUUGGUCUUUAGAAUGAAGUACGUACAUAUCUUGGCCAUCUCACUCGAUAGAACUAAUUGUUGAAGGAAUUUGUAGUUGGAAAUUUCGAGUGAAAUUUUUAUAUAUUUAUUAGACCUAACUAGGAGCAGUUGCGAAAAAUGCAACUAUAGACCCAUUGCACUGACGUGACAAAUCCUUAGAGUGUCCUCCAGAUGCUCCCUAACAAUAACUGUUCGGGUACAACAACCACAUACAGCGCAAAAAUUAACCAUUUUAAUACAAAAUUAUUAUAAAGGUUUACAAAAUUUGCUUUGUUUACAAAAGUUAUAUUAUGCAUAGAUUGCUAAUUUGUCCUCCAGAUGCAUCGUCACCGGCGCUGUGACGUCAUGUGCAAUGAGUGUAUAGGCCCUCUGGCAGGAAUCGAAUCUGCAGCCCUGGUGCAGCGCUCUAACCAACUGAGCUACAGAGAGACAGUUAUCGAGUUCUAACAACAAGUUGCAAGUACAUGUGCUGACCUCAGUUAUCUAUUUGGUGACAGUAAAUGUUCUCAGUGACACUUUGGAACCAGAAAUUGUUGUUGCAACCAGAAAUUGUUGUUGCAACAUUCUUAUACGAGCUAACUGAGAUUGUACGGUUGACAAUAAUGCGUGAUAAGGAAUAUUUGGAUAAUUAGCGUUGUCACCCUGCCUAUUUUGUACACUAAUUACAGCCAAAUCUGGGGGGGGGGGAUGACCGUCGACCAAGCCCAUACGCACUGCAGUGUUCUGUAGAAUGGGCAAACAUUGCCCCUGGAAGGGUUCAGGAUAAUUAUUGUUGUAAUGAUGACAGGGUAUUCCCUUUUCAAAAUGAAACAAAAUGGAUUUGAUAAUGAAAUUGGCACCUCCUUCCCACUAAAUCCAUCCCUGUUCUAAUGUACCAUUGGAGAUCUCGAACUAACCGGUAGCGCUAGUUAUCCACUAUGCUGUAAAUUCAAUUUGUGGCCAAUGCCAUGGUGGGCUGCCCUCAACAACAGUACUUGGCAUAAGUUUUGUUAACUGUACGUGUACGUGUACACGUGUACGUGUACGUGUACGUGUACGUGUACGUGUACGUGUACGUGUACGUGUACGUGUACGUGUACGUGCACGUGUACGUGUAUGAUUUAGUAAAGAUAGACAAUAAUUUAGGUGCAAGAGAAAUUUUGUUUGGUUGUAUCAAAAAAGUUUAAAUAGAAAAGGUUAAACAACAACUGGAUGGGAAUCCCUUCCUGACAUAAUGUCUGUGACACAUGGCUGCCACAGGCCAUGAUGCAGUGUACUGACCUUGGUUUCUUGGAAACAUAUUGUUCAAAUUUUGACUUAUUAAACCAUUCACACUGCACUUCAAUGACGCAUUCGAGAAAUUCGGUGCGAGAAUUUGUACUAACAUUCCAGCCUAGAGCAGACCCUAAACUUGGCUUUCGCAGGUUUGGUCAAUUUUGGGCUUGCAGUUGGUGAAUGUUAUAAACUCUAUAUAUGCAUAAUAUUCAAUACAUUGCAUUUGUGCGAUUAGCGUCAUGCAUGUCAACCAUAUUUUCGAACAUACAGUGAGUUUCAUUUGGAAUGCGCGGUUUUCUGGUUGCUAAUCUCCGGUCGUGUGACGUGCAACUGGAAAAAUUUUUCCAGUGGUUUUUCUUUUCGUUGUGGCUUUUCGUUACUUUAUUAUGUUAUAAUAUUGAGGAUAAUUAGUAUGUAGUGUUAUGUAUGUAUUUAUUUAUUUAUGUAUUGAGCUUCACCAAACAUAAAAUACAGUUCUCUUUAUCAUAUUGUUCUUAUCCAACAGUGGUAAAAGUUAAUAUGCAUGUAUAUUCUAAAAUCUGCCGUAUAAUGUUUAGUCAUAGUGAUUGUUUUUUAAUGUAUUCUUUUUACUAGGUCAGUCUGAGAAGCUAUGCUAUUUAGCCAAAGAAAAUCGCAGCAAAGCACUAGAGACGUAUGUUUAAUACUAUAGCUUUGAACGUAGCUACAAAGUUGUCCUUCAGUAGCAUUAUAUGAGUGUCGUGUUUUCGAAUGAGGCCAAAAGCUGCUGUUGAAAAUAAAGCCUAACUUAUAGGCGGCAAAUUUUAAUAUAAAAACUAUAAAAAUAUAAAAAGGUUUUUAUAUUAAAAUUUGCCGCCUAAGUUAGGCUUUAUUUUCAACAGUAGCUUUUGGCCUCAUUCGAACACACAACAUGAUAGCUUUGAAAUCAAUCUAGUCAUGUUUUAGUGAUUUUAAUAUCAGUUAUUGGAACAGCUAGUGUGCUGUAUUGUUGAGAGUGCUUCGAUUAAGCGUCGUUAUUCAGAAGCAACGUUUACGCCCUCUGGCAGGUCGAGAUUUCGGCCAUCUCAAAUUUCCAUCUACAAAAAUCCUUCAACUAUUAGUUCUAUCGAGCGAAAUACUCAAAAUCGCGAUAUAUAUGAGGUACAAAUUCUUGAAAUCCGAUGCAGUCCAAGUUACCUAUCUUCCGUGCACACUCUGAAGUCUCUCCUCCGAAGAGGAUUUUUAAAAUCCACGCAUCUCUAGACAUUUAAAAAACGCAACAGGGCUCUGUGAAGAAUUGUCCCCUCUUGUGAUACCCUCAAUGGAGACUGGAUAAAACACUUGACUAAAUACGCGUAUGAAUGAGCCUCCUUUUAUUGUUUUACCUUGUAUAUGGUACACGAUUUCAUUCGAAACCCCAAGUGUCCUUGCAUGUCUCUUCUUAACCUAUGAAUGCUAAUGGUAUACCACUGAAUGUAGAUUAUUAUCUGAAAAUGGAUGUGAUGUCAAUCAAAUACAUUCUCUUGGAUGGACUGCACUGCACGUAGCAGCAAUGAAUGACAGCGUAAGGUACUGUAUGGUUAGUCUUCAUUUGUAUGAAGUCUAUAAAGAUCAGGUAACGUGAUGUAAUGAUUUUUGGAACAAAACAACAAAAUCCGAGGUUUUGAGGAAAGACUCGUUGUCAUAAUGAAUAUAUUAUACCCAUUAUUUUAUUUCUUUAUUUUAUUUUACAGAUUUUGCCAUUUAACACAAACUAUUACACAAAAUUAGUUAGACAAUCGAUUACAUGGCUGGAAUUACCACAUUGCAUGCCAACCUCGUCUUGUUUGCAGGGAUGCAUAUACCCGCCUCCCCUAUCUUCACUGCAGUAGAUUUUCCUCAGAAAAAACGUGAUAUCGACCAUAAUUACUUAAUUUUCUAUGAUUUAUGGAAUGCUGUUGGAAGCUCCUGUAAUAACGACCCCCCGCUGGAGUUCGUGGAAAUGUUCAAUUCUCCCUCCCUCGCUCGCUAUCCUUUAGGGCAAUGAAAUUGCUGUUACAAGCUGGGGCUGAUCCGAAUGUAAGGGAUGAAUAUUCUACACCAUUUAAGACUGCUGGGAAAAGGAAAAUGAGAGUAAUGGACGGUGAGUGUAUAGAGAUAUUAGCAUCUGAAGCAUCUGUUUGUCGGGAUCAAUCAGUGCCCUGAUUAUUUGGAGUUUUGUUGUAGAAAUGUCCAACUGAAUUGGCUAAGAUGCGCUGUAAGUUUCUCUCUCGGAACAGAGAGUCGACGUGACGCAUGCGUCUUACUUCCUAAUAUUUUAAUGGUUCAUUCUGAGUUCGCAUAUAUACGUAACUGUUAUAAACGACGACUUUUACUAAAAAACAUCGAAAACUCGUGAAUAUCUGCCCUAUUAUAGGCACAUGGGCGUAUAAUAGGGUAUUUCUUGAUGUCGAUCAGUGUAAUUUGAUAUCAGUGAAGCACAAUGUAUAAUAUUUUGUAAGCGUUACAUUGAUCCUUAACCAUUUCCUUUCCCGGUUAUCCUGCAAUUGAUUUGUACUGAAAAUGUGGCUCAGGGAUGCUUAUAAUAGAAGAUCCCUAGCGUCAUAAAACGAUGACAUUAGGAAAUGUAAGGUCCCGUCCACGACGUAUCCGGAUUCGUUUGUAUCCCGAAACAUUUUGUUGCGGAAACGCCUUCCGUCCACACGUAUCCGACGAAAACGGACACCGUAACCGCGAACUUUUGAAAACGGUCUCUAGAGUGGAAACUUUGAAAACGGUUCCAGAUUGGAAACUUUGAAAACGCUCUCCAGAUUGGAAACUUUGAAAACGGUCUCCAGAGUGGAAACUUUGAAAACGCUCUCCAGAGUGAAAACUUUGAAAACGGUCUCCAGAUUGGAAACUUUUGAAAACGGUCUCCAGAGUGGAAACUUUGAAAACGCUCUCCAGAUUGGAAACUUUUGAAAACGGUCUCCAGAGUGGAAACUUUGAAAACGCUCUCCAGAGUGAAAACUUUGAAAACGCUCUCCAGAUUGGAAACUUUGAAAACGGUCUCCAGAGUGGAAACUUUUGAAAACGGUCUCCAGAUUGGAAACUUUUGAAAACGCUCUCCAGAGUGGAAACUUUGAAAACGCUCUCCAGAUUGGAAACUUUUGAAAAGGCUCUCCAGAUUGGAAACUUUUGAAAACGCUCUCCAGAUUGGAAACGUUUGAAAACGCUCUCCAGAGUGGAAACUUUGAAAACGCUCUUCAGAGUGGAAACUUUGAAAACGCUCUCCAGAUUGGAAACUUUGAAAACACUCUCCAGAUUGGAAACUUUGAGUGAAAACGCUCUCCAGAUUGGAAACGUUUGAAAACGGUCUCCAGAUUAGAAAGUUUUGAAAGCGGUUUCCAGAUUGGAAAUUUUGAAAACGCAACGAAUCCAGAUACGUGCGGACGCACUGUAACCGCAACAUUUUGAAAACAAUGACGUAAAUGGGAUUCACCCACGCUAAUAACAUGUAACAGUGUAGAUUCCCAGCUGAUCUAUGCUCUCCUUGCGAUUUUAUAUUCCAAAAUUACAUUUAUCAUUGGAAGCUAUAAGAUUCACCUGUGUGUUCGCGCAAAGCAUUUAGAUAAUUAAGUUGCAUGGGAUUAGUUUAAGAAAUUAAGGAAACAUGAAACGUCGUGAGGGCAUAUGUUUCCCCAGAAAUUGCAAUAUAGGUAGUGCAGAAGCAACCCAAAUUUAGCGUUCUAAAAGUUUAAUAUUCUCUCUUUGCAGUAAUAAUGAUCCGAGAAGACGAAUUUUCUCAUCGUUUAAACAAGAAUGCAAACUUUUGUGGAUUUACACCUCUGCAUUAUGCCAGCCUCAUUGACAGUUAUGAGGGAGUCAAGCUUCUUUUAGAUGGAGGUAGGAUGAACAUUUAAUCUUUUACAGCUUUGCAACCUCGUACCCAGGGCAUUUUACCUCGUGGAGGUAACACGCCCUGGGUACGAGGUUGACUGCUUAGCUGUUACACGGUUUUGAUUGCCUUAUACCCCACGUACAUGUAUGUAUACAUACCUCAGCCAGGGGUCGCCGAGAGGUUGCGCGCGACCCCAAGCAAAACUUUCCCAGGGGCCCCUAUGAUGUCAUAAUUGUAAAACAGGGAAGCGGUGUUUUACAAUAUAUUGACUUCAUUGCAUAUUAUCCGACACUAACGCAGCUGGGAGUUAUAUUCUCAGUUAAGCAUCUUGGAUCAAGAACAUUUAUGGGACUUCGUCGCUUUGGGGCCCCUUUUGAGCUGGAGGCUAAGAACGAAAUGCCCUCCCUCCCCCCCCCCCCCGGCGACAGUGACCUUACCUUCUGUUACAAUGGCAAGUGAAGGUGGACACUUCGUAAAAUAUUGCGUGAGAGUGAGAGUCUGACCUUACAGUAGCCCUGCAAGACUGGAUUUUGGUAUAAAUGUCUGCAUUGCCAGGAAAGGUGGAGUUCUAAAAAAAUUGGGGGAGGCGCAGCGGUAUGGGCGCAACUACUGUAUUGCUGAAAUAUUAGGGUUUAGGAUGUCCCCGAUGUAUGUAAUAUACGUACUAUGUGUCAAUUUAUUUAUAAAUUACGAGACGUAUUUCGCGACUGUAUGGCUUAUCCAAUUUCUCCCCUUGGUACAAUAUUACAAAGUUUAUUUCGAAACAUUCAAUCGCCCUUCAAAGGCGUUUUUGGUUAAGCCUAGUAACUGUCAAGGUGACCGGUGUAAUAGAGUGUCGACAUAUCUCUACAGUCAAUAAAGACCAGUUUGGAGCAAGACCAUUUCUCAUCGUCAAUGGUAAUCAACGGUCAUUUCAUUUACGAUCAUUCAAAUUUAGCCUACUAUUACAGUAGCACAUGUGCUUCUUUGAAAUUUGAAGUGUUGGGAUUGCAACAUGUCAACAGUCAAUGUGGCGUCCUAUCCCGGGAUAAAACUUGAACGAAAAAGUUUGAAAGAUAUCUAUAUAUGCACUGGUAAACACAAAACAUUGAGCAAAGUGUACUUUGAUCAAAUUUAUCCAGCAUUCGCAGAGUAUUAAUUUGAUCACUUUACAGAAAUCUAUUCCUCAGAAAGUUAUACAACCCGGGAAAUUUUAUAUUUUAUUUAGGGGCUGAUGCAACGAUGAAAGACGACAGUGGUCAUACCGCAGAUGAAUAUACAGAAAAUGAAACCAUCAAAAAGUUGAUUAAAGCUAAUAAAGAAGAGGUAAGAUUGGAUUCGAGACACACAAGACUUUGGAGUACCCUCACGACAGGCCAACACAACGUUCAACUUUACGUAGAAAUUAUAAUGCGCUCAAAAUACAACUUGGAGGUAUCUGAGAAAAGCUUUUGUAGGAGUUUAGCAAAAUGGCCUGUCUGUUGUAUACUGACAAUGCCCUAUAGUAUUGGCAGAUGGCAUGUAUGCUUGUGGAGUAUAGGAGUAUGUCGUAAUGAAUAUACUCCCUCGUUAUGAUCGUGGGUGUGCGCAAAUCAGGUACCUGAUGAGAGUGCAGCCUAGACCUACUCGGCCGGCUUUGGCAGGUUUGGUAAAUUUUGGGUUAACACUUGGUAAGUAUAACGUCACAAGUGAAAUGAAAGGCAGGAUGCCUCAGAUCGCUAGGUCCCAGUCUUCUCAUGUGAAAAAGCGAUGAAUAUUAAAAAUAGAUGGGCUAGAUCUAGGCUGAUGAGAGUGUAUUAAAUUCCACACCGGACAAGCUGAAAAUUGCUUGACCGCGGUGGGAAUCUCACGAUCAUUAGACGUAAACUUUUAAAAUCUUGAAGCAAUGCGCUUAAUUGGUUGUUUCAACCUGUGCACAAAUACCAAUGAAAUUUUGCGAUAGCAUUGUACUUUGUUAAUGUAUGCCAUUUUGUUGGAGUACGACUGCAGUGUCUACUGCAGAUAUAGAUUGAUGUAUCGUUUAAAACGGUUGUUGGUGAAUGUUUAGUUUAUAGAAAGAAAACGUAAGCGAGAAGCUGAAGAGAGAAAGAAAUAUCCUUUAGAAAGGAGGAUAAAGGAAGCAAUAAUUGGUCAAGAGGGCGCUAUUACAAUCGUGUCAUCAGGUGUGUUAAGCAUUGUGCCAAAAUGACCGUAACUGGGAUACAUGCAUUGGGAACAUUUAAAAAUGUUUAAAAGCCUACACCUUGUUCAGGAUCAAGCCCUUUCUUUAAUAGCAAUAUUAUAGAAAGCUGCGGAUUGAGAGGGAUUCAACUACCUGAAAAAAUGAAAAAAAAUGAAAAAAUGAAAAAAAACAUUUCCUGAAAAAAUGAAACUACCUGAAAAAUGAAACUACCUGAAAAAAAUGAAAGUAUGAAACUACCUGAAAAAAUGAAACUACCUGAAAAAAAUGAAAGUAUGAAACUACCUGAAAAAAUGAAACUACCUGAAAAAAUGAAACUACCUGAAAAAAUGAAAUUCCUGAAAAAAAGAAAUUCCUGAAAAAAUGAAACUACCUGAAAAAAUGAAAUUUCCGACGUUUCGAGCGAAGGCCCUUCGUCGGGAAGUUAAGUCACAAACGAAGAGCCUUUGCUCGAAAUGUCGCAGUUUUACUUGUAUUUUUGAGAUGUUGUUACCUACCUAUGAUAUACCCUAGCACAAGGCAGUUCACAUAUUGUAAUGCUAUAUAAUCAGUCACAAUUCAGUGGUUGGAAUGUUUCAUGAUUGUCAUUUCAUUGUUUUGAAAAUCCUACUGUUCUCCAUACCAUCCAGUCACUCGAUCUUUUCACAUAUUUGCGAUGUUAUGCAAAGGGACCAUCUACCACCUCACCACCUUUUGGUAGUCUACAUCGAUUGUUCAUUCUGCCUUGGAACACUGCUGUGCCGUUUGCCAUUUGACGUCAACAAUAUAGUAUCCUCCAAUGUCUAUCAGAUUUGGUCGAGCACAUAUACCGAAUACUCCAUAUAUCCUCAGGCCUGACUGAGGCUACGUCCACACCAAUCCGUUUUCGAAGAGUUUUCAUAUUAUUCUCUGUUCACAAGGGAAUAGAGAACAAUUGUGCAAUUACCUGAAACAAUACGAAAACGGAUUAGCGUAGCCUGAAUGCCACUUUCCCAAAAAAGAGAUGAUCUGUACAUGAAAACGAUUAAGAAAAUCGAGGAAGUUGUUUCUCGACGGUUGUUUAUUUCUCUUUACUUUUCCUCUUGAAUUAUUAAUGAGUUUUUAAUUGUUUAUAUCAAUCUUAGUAGAAGAAAUAAUCCAUUACUCCGUGUUGUCUUCUAAAGAUAUUGCUAGUUGUUUAUAUAAUUAUGUAAUAUUCUGUUGUACUAUAUAGCAAUCCGAAGACGUGAAAAUGGCUGGUAUGAUGAAGAUCAUCCACUCGUAUUCCUUUUCCUUGGUUCCUCUGGAAUAGGUACUGCAUAUUGGCUUAAAUUGUGCUUGACAGGACUUGCUUGAUAGGGCGUGCAUAAUUGUAGUUCAGUCAGCCAUGUUUUCCCACCUAACAGCUUUUGUUUUCUGUGUAGGAAAAACUGAACUUGCGAAACAAGUGGCGAAAUAUCUUCACAAGGACAAUAAGGAGGUAGGUGGAGCACUUCAUCAUGUUACUAGGUAAGUCAUCUGCAUGUGUAAUAUUAAGGAACUGAGU